UAUUAGUGAUAACACACAACUUCAGAACAUUUCACUGUAGUCUGCCGACCUCGACUGUUAUGGCCAUGUUGGUCUGGUUUUGUGCUGUAGCGUUGGUCUUACAAGUUGCGGGCCAGCAGUGUAACAGCAACCUUGACUGUCCGGAGGGGUGUUGCCGUGUGGACGGAACAGCCGUUUCUGGUUGGGUCAUGCCAUCAAACACAGGUGACACCCGUGGAACGUGCGGCCCGUACCUUCAGGAAGGCGAGUCCUGCAGCCUGGGGUACCCGGUAGCGUCCAGCGCUGACUGCCCGUGUACCGGCGGCCUGUCCUGCUACCCUGAGGGCGGCUGGCUGAGCGGGGCCUGCCGCGUCACCGGCUCACAGACCUACCCGCCGGUGGUCGGCCCUCUGCCUGUUGGUUAACAUAAUAUAUAUAAAUACAGGCAACACGACAAGA